UGCUUAAUCCUUUUGGGGUCACGGGGUUGCUGGAGCCUAUCCCAGCCAUUGUUGGGCGAAAGCAGGAAACCCGCUGGACGGUUCUCCAACUCAAGCUCUAGCACAAUUUCAAUAAGGAAAUCCACCAAAUAUUUCACUUCACACCUUACUCAUCAUUUGGUUCUCACUCUGACCCAAUAGCUAAAAAACUCACUUUCUUGAGCCAAUCACAGUUAAAUUCCUGCCUUUAAAUUCAUAGAAGUUUGUUUAUCCACACUGCAGACAUUUUGGCAGUCUGUUCUCCUCCUAGGAUCUAAGCUCUGAUGUCUCUUGACGUGGUCUGAGGUGCUCCCUAGCAUGUAAGGUGUCUCCAGCCCGAACCUUAACAUCCAAAAACUAUGGACUAUUUAAUGCAAAAACUCCUGAUUCACUAUUAAAUCUUUAAAUUAGACUUCAAGAUCUCUCUUUAUUGAGGUUUAAUUAUAGUGCUCUGCAAAUUGACAAAAAUGUAGAUCAAGACACCAUCUUUCUCCCACAAAAAGCACAUUUAAGCAGAAUUUUCUUCUAACUUUAAGUCCUGAACACCUCUGGAGUUGCCUUUACAUCAAACGAUACUUGUAAAGACACAAGGGGUCAGUGAUGUCUGCAGUUGCACUGACGACAAAGUGACAGCUCUAAAGUGACUCUUGUUUCACAAAUGGGUGUCCUUGCCAGACUCCAGAUUCCAGGACCGGAAGAUCAUUUCCUCCACAGUGACAGCCUCAGACAGUGUACACAGGCACAGUGUGGAGGGGCAUUAUGGAGCCACCGACUGCAGCGUCAACUCGCAGGGGACCCUCAUCACCGCAGCACAAUACCUCCACUUCUACCUUGGCCUUUGACCAGCACUUCACUUCAACAGCCAAAGGAAUACUCCUCCUCUCUGAGAUAGUGUGUGGCAUGUUGGUGUGGAUCCUGGUUGGGGGCACAGACUAUUUCCACCUUCCUGCUCUUAGCUGGGUGAUGUUUGUUGCCAUCGUUUUCUGGAUUUUGACGGUGUGUCUGUUUAUAAUUUACCUCACCAGAGCCCAUUACAGGUUACCACAGAUCCCCUGGACAACACUGGUAACAUGCACAAAGCUUACAAUCAUUGAGAUUCACGUUAAAUCCUACAUGACAAAAUGUUGUUUCUUUCAGUCCGUGUGUUUUGACUGCAGCGCCACGGCUCUGUAUCUGGUAACAGCAGUGGUAGAUGCUCUUUCUGUCAACCAGGCCAUUAGAGGGCGACAUAACUACAAUUGUUGGGCAGCAUCAGCAGUAAUUCUUUGCUUUUCUCACCACGCUGUGCUACGCAGCGAGCAGCUGGCUGAGCCUUCACGCCUGGAAAAACUCAGAAGAAGAGCAGUAGUCUUCACUUUUCACUUUUCCAAACUUAAAAAAAAUAGCCAAUGCUUCCCUGUGCGUAACUAUUACAUAGAAAGGCAGGGGUGGGAGCUUUUAAUCAAUAAAUGUUGCAGACAGUAUCACUAAGCAGUGGUGAGGUUGAGUUCACUGAUACAUUUUAUCAGCUAAAAUAAACAAAGGAAUUCAACUGGGAGAAAACUAGUUCUCUCCACAUUUGUGUGUGAAGUUGAAGUGUCAGAUGUUGUCUACACACCACUGCAACUGCAAUAACUGAAUAAAAUAUUAAAAUAAAUGUGAAAAUAUGAGACAAAAGUGACUUUUUUGUCAAUUUUCUAACAAUAUAUUUUUAACAUUGCUUAGAAAUCACUGAAUUCUUAUUAGAUGAUAUUUAGUUCUGAUUGAAAUUUUAUUUAUAGCACAUUUUUGUUAUCAAAUGUCCUCAGUGGCUUAAAAAAAUGUAUUUAUGUUUCUUUAUUUUGGAAUUUUAAAGCUCUUAUUAUCUUUGUAUUCCAUGUCUUGUAC